GUUUUGUGUUGUUUUGACGUCUAACAUUGAAUUAAAUAAAUUACUGCUGAAAUUGUUGCCGCUGUUGUUAGUCACAAACUGAGGACGAAGUAUACUUCAGCGCGGGGGAAGUGUCACAAAAGGAUGUGUACUAUCAGCAUCUGACGUCAUAAUUUGGUCUUCUGAUAUUGGAUUAGCAGAUCCAUAGACCUCCGGUAUCGGUCCUUUGGGCCAGUGGAUCGUAGCUUGAAGGAAGUGAAGAUGAGGGGUGCUGCGUGGGUGCUUUUUACUCUGACGUUUCUGUACGUUGUCAAGGAUACUCAAGCUGUGUUACCAAAGUGUGAGUACAAAUUGCUGAAUAGAUACGUGACAGAUAGAGAUCAGCCAUGUGCCUUCUUCAAAUGUGUAUACGACUCAAGAAGACGCCAAUACAGAUACCAGGUCAGACUAUGCAAAACCAACAUGGGUGCUAAGUACAGGUCCAAACCCACAAGGGUGGAGAUUAAUUGCGACCAGUAUGCCACUAAAUGCACUCGUGCUUAUCAGCUAACCAUCAAGGCAAACGUGCAGUCAGAAGAAACACCACGUGACGAGAGUGAGGUAAACAUGGCCGCCCCGUCCUCAUCCAGGGGUUCUUAUUCAAGAGGGUUUAAUGGGCGAACUUACAACAGAAAUCCGAUUUCCACGUCUAAUGACCAACCUCUUCAACUCGAUAUCGAUGUUGUACCAUGUGGAAGUAACACGUAUGAUCCAACUACUCAGGUAUGCUGUGAAGGCACGGUCAGCGCGAAUAGGGGAGGUGCAAUGCAAUGUUGCGGGAAAAGGACAUUUUCCCCUGGUUACGGUACUUGCUGUAAUGGGCAGUUGUCUUACGAUGAGCACGAAUGUUGUUGCGGUGAUAGUAGAAAGACAUACAAUCCGGCCAUAGAGGGCUGUUGUCCGGGUGCAUACAGCGGUUAUUGUAAAAUAUCCCAAGGGAGCCAGUGCUGCAAGUACUCUGGAACUAGACAGAGAUGUGUCUCGCCUUCAUCCGGGUAUACAUCACUAGAUGGUACUUGCACCCGGAGUUUUUCAACUGGCUGUGGGAGGUUUAAUCCACUAAGACAUACAUGCUGCGAUGGAGUGUUGGUACCCGGAGCCAGGCAGAAUUGUUGUGGGAAACAAGGAUACUCCUACAAGGAAAAGACAUGUUGUAACGGACGAUUAUUCGACGAAACAAAACGGUGCUGUUGCGGGGACACCACAUUAGACCCCAAAAAGGGAAUAUGUUGUGGCGAUAAGGUGGCGUUAUUUGCCGAUUUUAAUACCAAUGGUUUGAGCUGUUGUGAGGGUGUCGCAUAUCUUCCGCCUAAACAGAGAUGUAUCGAUGGAAAGGUAGAGGAGACAGUCAAUGGAGGUUGGGGUGAAUGGAAAUGGUCGGGAAAAUGUUCAAAAUCUUGUGGAGGAGGAUUUGAAGAUGGCGAGAGGUUUUGUGAUAACCCAGCUCCUCAAUAUGGUGGGAAGGAUUGCAUUGGGGAGAAGACAGCGUCAAGACCGUGUAAUGAACAGGGUUGCCCAGUGGACGGAGGAUUCAGCAACUGGGUGUACGGUGUCUGCUCUGUACCAUGUGGUGAUGGCCAACAACAAGGAACACGGAAAUGUAACGAUCCAACACCUGUAAAUGGAGGUAAAGAUUGUGAAGGACCAAGGACUACUUCAAGACCGUGUAAAGAAAGCGAAUGUCCAAUUGAUGGGGCAUGGGGUUCGUUGAAGUGGUCAGGAAAAUGUUCCGUGACUUGUGGGAAAGGAGUUGAAACAGGAACGAGAGUUUGUGAUAACCCUGCUCCCCAAUAUGGCGGAAAAGACUGUCCUGGAGAUGGAAGCGAGUCCAGAGAAUGUGAAGAACCUGAUUGUCCAGUCGAUGGCGCUUGGGGAGAAUGGGAGUUAGUUGGUAAGUGUGACGCAACAUGUGGGCCUGGAUUUCAAACAAAACGUAGGUACUGCAAUAAUCCAGCACCAAAACAUGGUGGCAGAAAAUGCGGCAAUAAAGGCAAUCAGAUGGAAGAGGAUGAACGAGAAAGAUGCAAUCUUGGCAAAUGUACAUUGAACGACAUUGAUGGGGAAGGAGGUGACGACCUCCUAGCAAACGAAUGGAACUUUGGUAUUGGAUACGAUCAAGAUGCACCCGUUCUUGAUGGUGAUCGGAAAGCACCACUAGAAACAGCACAAAAUGAUGGGCAUUUCAACAAUUACGCUAACGUGUUUGGCGACCCGCACAUAUUCCAAAAUGUUGGACCCGAUCAGAUCCCAAUAUGCUAUGACGUCAAUGGAAAGGUCGAACAAAUAUUUGAGUUCCUCACCGAGUCUUAUACAGGGUUACAACUCCGAGCACAGUUUCUGCCAGGUCCCGACGAGGACUUUGUUAAAUAUGUUGGUAGAAUUGGGAUAAAGAUAUUUGACUACACUCUGGAGUUUAACAUUAAUGAAGUAAUUCUGAAUGGGGAAGAACACAUCACGUGGUCAAAGAAAGAUAAACGACUCAUCGAGUUGCCAGGUCCAAUAGCCAUAACCAUAAGGAUGAAUCCAGUCCGAGCCAAGAUAUACAUAGGAGAUUUACUAAACGUUAAUGUCAGUCGAUGGAAUGGUCAUUUAGAUUUCAAUACGGCCGAGGACAAGCAGUUGGAAAACUCGUUAGGAGGAAUAAUGGGUGAUGUUUUGAAAUCAGUGGAACGUUUGGACAUUAACACCACUAGUAUAACCAAACACAAUACAAUGGUAUCAUCGAACAUAUUAAAAUUUAAAUCUUUGAAUCAACAAGCUACUUUUAAUGAUGAGAUUGAAGAAGAUAAAGCUGAGAUUGAAACAGUUGGUGAAGAAGGAUUUAAACAAUAUGAGGACAGCGGGCGUUUACUUGUAAGUGGACGGUAUGUUCCCGUGAGACUACAGAGAAAGGCACCUGGACUGUGUUGGUUUGUGGCAUGGGAAAAUGUCGAUAAUGGACUUACAGAAUUAUCAAACUUCACAAAGCAAGAUCUCUUUGAUUAAAAUGUGCACGAAAAAUGAUACCAACAUUUCCUUGGAAUACUAACAAUGGAAAACUUGUGCAGGACGAACUGGGCAUCAAGGAAGCCGCGGAAAGACUUUAAUUCCACUCUGCUCCAAGAUUUGAAGCCGAUUAAUUGCUGUGUCCAUUCCUAUUGUUGGAUAUAUUAUGUAUUGUUGUUAAUAUAGCCAAUUAUAUUGUAUAGUUUGUGGAUAAAAUAAGACAUGCCUGCCCGCUGGAUCU